UGCAAGGCCGCGAAUGCGUGCGGAGGAGUCGAGUACAUGACCGGAGAGGAGGGUAUGUCUCGCGGACCGUCUUUCCAAUUCCACAACCCCAGCGAUGCCUUCCGAUUUGUGCGCGCACUCCCUGAUCUCGAAGUGCAAUUGGCAGAAGUAGCGGAGUGCACGAGCAAGCAUCUCCGCCUCAAAUGCCUGACUCCGCAUGUAAUCGGGUGCUUCGCCCACGUCCUCUUCAGCUACACCUGCGGGGACGCGGCGGGGCAUAACAUGGUCACGAUCGCGACGCAGCGUGCCUGUGCCUGGGUGCUGACAAACCUGGCGGACGAAUACAACAUAAAGAAUUUUUACAUCGAAGGCCAGAUGGCAUCCGAGAAAAAGGCAUCGUGGGGAAAUGUGAAGGUCGCGCGGGGAGUCGAGGUUACCGCAUGGACGUCGCUCUCCGACGCGGUGUGUCGACGUGUCCUGGGCUGCUCGUCCGAGCACUUAUAUGAAAUCAUGCAGAUGGGCCAGGAAGCGUGCAUCCGCAACGGGCAGCACGGCAACAAUAUUGACUCGGCGAAUGUGCUGGCCGCAGCCUUCAUUGCGACGGGUCAGGAUGCAGCAAGCAUCAUCGAUGCGUCCUGGAGCCACCUGACCCCGGAGUACGAUCGCGAGUCCCAAAAGGUGACGCUCAGUUUGUAUUUUCCUUCCAUGCCGGUUGGGGUGGUCGGAGGUGGUACAAGGUAUGCGACCCAGCAGGAGGCCUUGCGGAUCCUGCACUGUGAUGGACCCGGCAAGAAACGGCAGUUGGCUGGGUUGAUUGCUGGGUUCGCCCUGGCAUUGGAGACCAGCACGGCUGCAUCUGUGGUCAAUAAUACGUUCGCGCAGAGCCAUGAGCGGUUGGCGCGGCGGGCGUCUGAGGACGGACGACCGAGAUGUAGAUUAUGAUGAGGAUGAGGGGAAAGAAAGAUGUACGUAUGCACGGAGUAGGCUCUCUCCGUCUGUCUCUGAUCUACCCUAUGAUGGCAGUGGCGUGGCCAGACAAUCUUCAUGGCGUGACCCGAGGGUUUGAUCCGGGGUAAAUCUAUUUAGUUAUGGCGCGAGCGUAAGAGAG